GACCGCGCUUCUCGCGAGAGGCGGCGGAAGUGGCGCGUGGGCGGCGGCCGCUCAUUGGCGGGCGACGGGCGGCGGCUCCCGGCGCGCGCCGCUCCUCCCGCCCCGCCCCUCAGCGCGCGCGGCCGCGGCGCGAGCCGCCAAGAUGGCGUCGGCCCUGGAGCAGUUCGUCAACAGCGUCCGGCAGCUCUCGGCCCAGGGGCAAAUGACCCAGCUUUGUGAACUGAUCAAUAAAAGUGGAGAGCUGCUAGCAAAAAAUCUUUCCCAUCUGGAUACAGUGCUCGGUGCCCUGGAUGUACAGGAACACUCACUAGGUGUUCUUGCUGUUUUGUUUGUGAAGUUUUCUAUGCCCAGCAUCCCUGACUUCGAAACAUUAUUCUCACAGGUGCAGCUUUUUAUCAGCACUUGCAAUGGAGAACACAUUAGAUAUGCAACAGACACUUUUGCUGGCCUGUGCCACCAGUUAACAAAUGCCCUUGUGGAGAGAAAACAGCCCCUGCGAGGAAUUAGCAUUCUCAGACAAGCCAUAGACAAGAUGCAGAUGAACACAAACCAGCUGACCUCAAUACAUGCAGAUCUCUGCCAGCUCUGUUUGUUAGCAAAAUGCUUUAAACCUGCCCUCCCGUAUCUAGAUGUGGACAUGAUGGAUAUUUGUAAAGAGAAUGGGGCAUAUGAUGCGAAGCACUUUUUAUGUUACUACUACUAUGGUGGGAUGAUAUACACUGGGCUAAAGAACUUUGAAAGAGCACUCUACUUCUAUGAACAGGCAAUAACUACUCCAGCCAUGGCAGUCAGUCAUAUUAUGUUGGAAUCAUAUAAAAAGUAUAUCCUAGUUUCUUUGAUACUGCUUGGUAAAGUUCAGCAGCUACCAAAAUACACUUCUCAGAUAGUUGGUAGAUUCAUUAAGCCUCUUAGCAAUGCUUACCAUGAAUUAGCACAAGUUUAUUCAACCAAUAAACCCUCGGAGCUUCGAAAUCUGGUGAACAAACACAGUGAAACUUUCACAAGAGAUAACAAUAUGGGGCUGGUUAAGCAAUGCUUAUCAUCUCUCUACAAAAAGAAUAUUCAGAGGCUAACCAAGACGUUUUUAACAUUGUCAUUACAAGACAUGGCAAGUCGAGUGCAGCUGUCAGGGCCCCAAGAAGCCGAAAAAUAUGUCCUCCACAUGAUAGAAGAUGGUGAAAUCUUUGCAAGUAUUAAUCAGAAAGAUGGUAUGGUCUGUUUCCAUGAUAAUCCUGAAAAAUACAACAAUCCAGCUAUGCUUCAUAACAUUGAUCAGGAGAUGCUGAAAUGUAUAGAGCUAGAUGAACGACUGAAAGCCAUGGAUCAAGAGAUCACUGUGAACCCUCAGUUUGUGCAGAAGAGUAUGGGCUCUCAAGAAGAUGACUCAGGGACCAAACCAUCCAGUUAUUCUUGAAAUUAAUGUUGCUCACCACUCCGCUUUCAAGUAAAAGCUUAUGAAAGAAUCACGCCUGGAAGAGGGCAUUGAGGAGUUCCAUGAAGAGAGCAGAGAGAACUGAGCUUUGCUUUUCACCUGGACAUUAAGAAAAUAAAAGAACACCCUCUCAGUACUGUAUAAUAUCAGAAAUAUUCUCUGCAAAGAAAAAGGAAAUCUCAAAAGAAACUUGAAAGUCUGUUGUGGAUUUAUUUAUCUUCAGAUUAACAUUGUUAAUGCAUUAAAUAAUCUACCUUUUGUUUUAAAGGGUUUGAAUGUUGCUGUGUUUCUGUAGCAGUCCUCUUCUGCAAAAACAAAAGUGUUAUUCAGGGAAGAAUGCAAACUAGUGUUGGUUCACUUGCCAGAUAAUUAUUGGUUCAUUAUUCUGUAUUUAAAGUUGGCUCAGUGCAGAUUUAUCGUAUGUGUGGUGGGGGGGCAGAGGGGUGGAGUUCAAGCAAAUCAUAAUGUAGAGAAUUUGCAUAUGCCCAAUGUAGCUGGUGCUGUCUGUUAAAUGAAGAAAUAACUGUUCUUCCCAAAAGGAUGAGGAGGAUAUCAACGUGUCCUUGUAAGGAAGUUUGCUGCAAAGUAGGAAUCAUAUAUGGAAAACAUACAUGACAGCUGUUUAUGAUUUUAAGUUUCUGGUACAAAAUAUCUGCUAAUAUUAUUUGCUCUUAGAUGAAACUUAUUAGACCUAAACAAAAGGAUAUUUGGAAAACAUUGGUGUUCUGGAGGAUUCUUGAUAGGAAGUUGUUUCCACUGAAAGAAAUUUAAAUGUUUGUUCCUGUGCAGCUGGCAUGAAGAUGUUCAACAGGCUGAUAGUUUCUUUGAUGGAAACCAGUAUUUCUGCAUGGAACAUAAAUAGAAUUCUAUAUAGCUCUCAAAAUGCAGGAUUUUAUUCAGAUAUAACAUGUUGGAAUGGUACCUGGUUUUUAAUUUACUAUUUUAAACUUUAAAACUUUGUUAUUGGAUUCUUUAAAGUUCUUCACCCCUUAAAUCAAUGGGCUGUUUAAUUUUCUGUUGUUCUCGUGUAUCUGAAGAUUCUCACUGUUCAAACACCUUCCUGUCAGGCAGAAAUAAACCUGUCAUCAAGUCAGAAAAUUAGAAGUUCAGCAGCUCCUGCUUCCUACUGAAACACCUGACCAGGAGCUGCUUGCUCCUGCUACCUUGCCAGCUUGUUUCCAGGUGGUAACUGAGCAUUCCUGGCUCUUGCUGUGUGAAGUUUGUAUGUAUUGAGGUUGAAAAUAUUCCAUUUGUACUUCCAGUACUGAUAGAGAAGUGUUGGGGUUUUCCCUUGGUGUCCCAAAUCUAGCAGAGCCUCUGUGACAGCAGGGUGCUGCUUUCUGGUGAAGAGAGGUGUCCUAGGUUGUGGUUGGUGGUGAAGGAUGUUUUUAAUGGUAUAAAAUAGCAGUUUAGUGUUGAAAACAAUGGAGGUCCAUAGUAUGAGCAGCUCAUAAUUUCCUGCCAGGGAGAAUUCCAUUCAGACAACUUUUGUAUCUGAUCUUUAAGCAAAAUAUUGGUUUUUUUUCAUAACUAGCUUUACAAGUCAUGUAAUGCAGAUCUAUUAUUUUGAAGGUUUUUAUCCUAUUUAAUCCUGCAGUGAUUUUAAUGCUGAACACACACCAUUUUGCUCGCUGGUACCAUGGAAGUGUUAAAUGAGUAGUGAUGCUGUAGCUCAAGCCCAAAAAACAGGGUGGUUGUUACUACCAUGUGUGGCACUCACAGAAGGGAUUGCAAACAACUGAUCCCAAACCUCGCCCCUCCAGAAAUGUGCCUGGCUCAACUCACCUUGCGAGGGGAAAAUGUAUUCAGGACGCUGUCAUGGAGUUGGAAAAAAACCAGGAAUGUCCAUUUUUACAGUACUAGUUCCUAGUAGUGAGCAUGGAGUUACCUGCUGAGAGCUGCAGGAUCAUUUUCCAGCUGUGGAACUAGAAGCAAACUAAUUAUGCAGCUGGCAAAUAGCUCUAGAUUAUUCUCUUCUUUUUUCUUGCCUAAAGUAGAUCAAUAAAUGACAAAUAAAAACAAAAAAUCCAUGCUCACAACAAAAGGAUGGCAAAAAUAGCUGUGUAAUAGCUGUUUCAAGUGAUAUAUUCCAUUAUAUAUCUGAUUUUUAAGAAAGCAAAUGCUUUUAGAGAACUGCUGAGGUUCCUCUUCUGGCGUGGAUAGUUGCGCUGUUAAUGUCUGAAUUUUGUUAGAAAUUCAAAGUCACAUCCCACCUGUAGAAGCAGUAGAUAAAACAUUCGCCAGAAGUGCUCCAGGGAAGGGCUUUUAAGUCCUAGUUUGAUAAACACACAUGGUCUGGCAUUUGCAUGUCUUGAGAUAGCGCUGAAAUUAUGUCAGAUUUUUAAUGAAGCAGCUCCUUCCAAGUCUUGGAACUAAUUGUCUGGGCUGUGGUCUGCUGAGAGGCUUUGAGAACACUUGGGCUUUCUGGUUUUAAUUUGUAUUUACUGCAGGGAAGGACUUUUGCUCAAAUCUAGGAACACUGUGUGCCGUGCUGCUCCCAGCUUGGACUCUCAGAGGUCCCGUGGCUGUUUCUUCCCAUCAGACACAGUCACAAGAUGUGCCCAGGGAAUACUGAGUGUAUGCUUUGAUAGCUGACUCUGAUUUUGAUGCAUUGUAAUUAGCAGAGACACAAAAUGCACUUCUGAAGGCAGCGUUAGAUGUGCAGCUGCAGUUCAUAGCCACAGGAGGGGUCUCUAGGCCAGUCACUGAGAUUUUGAAAUGUUUCUGAGAAGGAAUGGUUGGAAGCUGUUUGUCUACAACCCCGACUCCUGUUUUUGUGCCCCAGUGCAUGACCUCUGCUGAGCCAUGGCUCCCUGGCGUAGCUCCAGCUGCCUCCUCCUCCACAACUUCCCUGUGUGUCCCACAGCACAGCCACAGCCCCGUUUGUGUUGUCAUAGGCAAUCUGUAUAACCUAGGAAAUGUUCUCUGCAUGGCCUCGCUGGCCCGGGAGGUUAGUCCUGAGAAGCUGUUUAAAUGUACUAUUGGAAAAUAAAGAUAACAAACGAGUCAUUCUUAGUUUGUCUUAAA